AUGACCACACAUGCCGAUGCUGCGGUCCCACCGCGCGUCUCACAGCGUCGGCCGCUGGCGUGUCGAGAAUGUACGAAGCGAAAAAGAAAAUGUGACAAGCAAAUUCCAUGCUCAAGAUGCCGACGUUUGAAUCUGGAGUGUUCAGUGGAAACUGUCCGUCUCCGACGAAAUACUGUUCAACAUGCAUCUGAGAUUCAAUUUCUUAACUCUAUCUUAGCUGAUUUGGACUCUUCUCCGCCACAAAAACUGCCUUAUAUCGCGCAACGAUUGCGGGAAAGGAUUUCGCAAUUAGAAAUUGGAGAAAGUUCCGGGGCUUCAAACUAUCAAGUCAACCAUGAACCUCUACCGGAGGUUUUGAAAAUACCCGAACAUUAUGAUGAUAAGCAGCCAUUGCGACAUAAGCUGGCCGAAGUGCCAACGGAGAGCGCAGAUCCACCGCUUCUGACCGCAAUUGAGCAUCUCGCCUGGGGCCGUAACAGUGCAGGCUGUUUUCCUCAUCGGAGAUGUGCAUGCCAGUAUCGCAGAGAUCGUUCUGACGUAUUAUCAAUGAAUAGCGGAUCAUUCCAACUACACGGCUCCCCAUUAGAAUCGGCAAUAUUCAUACCAAUGACUGUCGAUGCCCAGAAGCUAAUCAAGUUCCAUAUUGGCCAUUUGAUAUGGCACCACAACUGUUUUCAUAGUACGACCUUUGUGGAGCAAUGCGAACUCUUUUGGAACACCGGAAGAUGUGACCAUCCCCUCUGGAUAGCUCUUUAUCUUUCAGUUCUGAGUUGCACGGUCAAUUCAAUCCAAAACAGUCGCAAACUGAGAGGUUUAUUAGAGGUCAACCUCGACGAAAUGCCUUCGGCUCAACAGCUAUUUUCUGCUAUGGUCCACACCCUGUAUAACUCCCACUUCCUAAAUAAUCUCUCCAUAUAUUCGGUCCAGGCCAUUGUGAUUUCAACCGAGGUUGCCCAUAACCUUGGCCUCAGCCAGUUGAACGCGACGAUGUUCAAUGCUGCCGUUCGAAUCGCCGAAUGCCUUGGACUUCACAAAAUCAAAGAGCAUCCCGCAUCUUUGACCCACACGAAGGAUCAAUGGGAAGAGCGGGUAGAACGGGAAGUCGGACGGCGAGUAUGGUGUCAAAUGAUCAUUCAAGACCAUUUUGCUAUACCGUUCACCGAUACAUACAGCAUCUCUCCCAUGCAUUUCUCAACGGGUCGUCCCCUGAAUGCAGAUGAUCACAAUUUAAAAGAACUCCCCACCAAUGUCCCAACAACCAGCACCUACGUUCGUGUAUUAGUGGAAUUGGCUGCACUAAUGCCAGGGCUGGUCGACGGCUUGGGACCGAUGAACAAGCGCAAACCACGUCGGGAGCAAUAUGAACAUAUCCUCCAAGUUGAUCAGAAAAUGCGAGCAAUCGUGAAAGAUAUACCAUCGUUCCUACUGCGGCCAGACAAGGUCAAGGAAGCGAAAAUUCCGUGGCUCAGCAUUGUCCGACGAAGUCUUGCUAUCACAGCAGCGGAGAAAAUUAUAAUGAUCCACCGGCCCUUCCUCUUCCGUUCCUUCCACGAUCCCAAUUAUGGACACUCACGGCGGACAUGCAUUGCUGCUGCGAUGACCAUCCUCCGUGAACAUGAAACGAUUGUGAAAGAGGAAGAUCUUUCGAUCUGGACACAUACCGCAUUUGCAAUUACUGCGGCAGUCAUCCUUUGUUUUGAGGUGAAUGCCACUGUAGAAGACCCGAAUGAUGGGAAGGUGGAAAUGUACCGGGAUGCGGUCGUGACAGCUCGCGAACGCCUAGCAUCUCGGAACCAAGACGUACUCGCCCAGCGUGGUGUCGCACUAAUUGAUGCCAUUCUCAUUGCCGAGGGUUCUGGUCUUGGCGCUCGAGAAAAACGGCGAGGUGCGACUAUCGAUUUCAAUCGAAUAUUUGCAAAUUUCUCGACAUUAAGCCGGGUUAUUUUGAACCCCGAGGAUGAAUUGGCUCUAGGGAGAUUCACAGGAAACAGCCCCGAUGAUUUCGCUAGCGUAGACACUAACGAGAUGCAAUUAUCAUGGGACCAGGAAGAGAUUGACUUUGACAUCUGGUUUAAUGGCAUUUUCAACGAUUUUCAGCCGUCAUCGUUAUAG